AUGAUUAAUUAUUUAAUCGUGAAACAACCUUUGAUUUGCUUCGCAAAAGUACAAAAAUCAAUGCCAGAAAUUAUUUACUUAAUAGUCUGUUGUGAAUUUACGAAUAUUUUAUCAAAUUGCCGACUGCAAGCACAACAAGACGCCGUAAACUUGGUAUGCCACUCCAAAACCAGGUCUAAUCCAGAAAACAACGUCGGAUUACUAACACUAGCGAAAGUAGAAGUACUAGCUACUUUAACGAGCGACGUAGGCCGCAUUUUAUCCAAAUUGCACCAGGUCCAACCCCAAGGCGAAAUCAAUCUCUACACUGGCAUUAGAAUCGCCCAUUUAGCCCUAAAACACCGCCAGGGUAAGAACCACAAAAUGCGAAUCGUAGCCUUCGUCGGCAGUCCCGUAAUCAACGAAGACAAAGAACUAGCGAAAUUAGCGAAAAAACUGAAAAAAGAAAAAGUCAACGUAGACAUAAUCAGUUUCGGGGAAGACAGCCCCAAUGCGGAUGUACUCACGACGUUCAUCAACACUCUAAACGGCAAAGACGGCACCAGCAGCCAUUUAGUAACUGUCCCGCCCGGGCCCCAUUUGUCCGACGCUUUGAUAUCUUCCCCUAUCAUCCAAGGCGAGGACGGCAGCGGCGCCCCGGGCAUCGGAGGCUCCGGCUUCGAAUUCGGCGUGGACCCCAACGAGGACCCGGAGCUGGCGCUCGCCCUGCGCGUGUCCAUGGAGGAGCAGCGGCAACGCCAGGAGGACGAGGCCCGCCGGGCCAAAGACGCUUCCAGCACCGAGGCUCGGGCCAAGUCCGAUACGAUCAAAGAGGAGCCCAACGAGGAAGCCCUGCUGGAAAGGGCCUUGGCCAUGUCGAUGGAGCAAGGGGACGACCAGAGCCUGAACGUGCCCCGGGCUGGGGUGGACUUCGCCAACAUGACGGAGGAGGAGCAGAUCGCUUUUGCUAUGCAAAUGUCCAUGCAGGACGCGCAGGAGGGCCCGGCUAAGGAUGAGCCCAUGGAAGUGGAGGCUGAUGAUGAUUAUUCCGAAGUGAUGAACGAUCCGGCUUUUCUGCAAAGCGUGCUGGAAAAUCUGCCCGGUGUCGAUCCCCAGUCGGAGGCGAUUCGACAAGCCGUGGGAAGCCUCAAGGAUAAGAAGAAAGAUGAUAAGUCUGACGACAAACAUAAAUAA